UCCUAACCCUAAUUCCUCUUUCCUUUUUCCUUUCACACUUCACACACACAGCCCGCCUCUUUCUUUCUCUCUGUCUUGGCGACUACGCCCGAACCCCCGGCAGCGCUCUUCCAACUUCGCCGUUCGCACACUCCCGGCAGCGCAUUCUUUGCCGUUCGCAUAUCCCGAUGGAACUCCGGCAGCGGCGAUUUCAUCAGAAUGUGAGGGAUUUUCUUUAUCGUAUCGGAUCGGCGCAAAAUCCACCACCGCUCAACUUCCUCCCCGGCAAGAAAUUCCAACGAAGCGGCUAAGAUCUGAUGAUCGAAAGAAAUUAAACAAACUCGUCCGCGUGCGUGCGAUGGAUCCGAUCCUGUGGAAACUCGAAGGUGUGAUCUUUCCUAAUCGAUCUCUUAUUUAAGUUUUCGAAUUCCGAAUUUGUCAUUUAUUUCUUUUAGUUUGAUUUCUAAGAAUUGCUCAAUCUAUAUUUUAAGUAAUUCUCGAAAAUCAUAAACCGUCCUACAUCACAAAGUGUACAGGUCCACUCAUGCAACUAGCUAUGCCGUGACCUCACGACGCAACCUGACUUGCCUUCUCACAAUAAUCAAUUGUGAAAACCGUGGGGUGAGAAACCAACCUGAGGUUUUCUAGUGGGUGCAACAGAGCCACGAAGGCAAGCCAUAAUCACCAGGAAAGAAGGGGCAUUUCAUUCCUUUCCUUUCCUUUGGCUGGGUGGCUAGCGCUGCAGGAUAACCUGCUUAAGGAAGGGGAAUAUGAAUGAUGCUACGGCGGGCGCAGUUGCUGGAAAGCUUGCCAAUAAAGGAAAGCAGUUGAUGACGUCGAACUCAAAUCUAAAGCAGGUGAAAGAAGGGGAUGCGAGGCCUCAUGGAAAUUUUAACGCUUAUCCGAACUCAAUGGCGACUUACGAGGAUGUGAUCGCCGAUCGAAAGCUGUUCAUGGGAACUCUCGAGAAGUUGCAUGCUGCGAUGGCGACAAAAUUCAUGGUGCCAAUUAUUGGAGGAAGGGAACUUGACCUUCAUCGAUUUUUUAUUGAGGUUACAUCUCGAGGUGGAAUUGAAAAGGUACCCCCGAUGCGCACAAGGCGUCUACAGCAAGGAUUUAAUUGCCCAUCGGCAUGGGCCGUAUCCACUGUGCCGUAUUGUGCCAACAAGAAACUGGCACGAUACAAUUCCUGUACUGAUGGCAUAGCUCAGAACCCUCUAUUCGAUAAAUUAGUGAUUGCAGACAGAAGAUGGAAAGAAGUAACAGCUGCUUUUAGCUUCCCAUCAACAGCAACUAAUGCAUCUUUUGUACUGCGGAAAUACUACAUGUCCUUGUUGUAUCAUUACGAACAAAUUUAUGUGUUUGGCUCAAAAGGGUGGAACUACCCUCAAACUGCUGGUUAUGCACCUUCCGCCAGCACAUUCGAGAGAUCAAUUGAAACUAUGUUGCCGUAUUGGGAAGCUCAGACUUCUGCGAAAAGACGCAAAAGAAUCAAUGGAGGGAGUUCAUCUUCUGCAGUUUAUCCUUCGGUUGUUGGAGUGAUCGAUGGAAAGUUUGAGCAUGGCUAUUUUGUCACUGUUACUGUUGGCGGUUUGACCAAAUUAAAAGGUGUCCUCUACCACUCUCCUGAUUUGGCUGCUACUCGCAUUCCGCUAUAUUCUGGAAUGGCUGAUGACACUAAUGUGAGGGUUACACGCCAUCGCCGGCAUAGGAAGAAGCUAAGUACGAGAGAUCCCACGCAUCCCAAGCCAAACAGGAGCGGUUACAAUUUUUUCUUUGCAGAGCAGCAUGCCAGACUUAAACCGCUUCAUCCUGGGAAGGAUAGAGAGAUAAGCAAAAUGAUCGGAGAUCUAUGGAACAAGCUCACUGAUUCUGAGAAAGCUGUAUACCAGGAGAGAGGCGUCAAGGAUAAGGAGAGGUAUAAGACUGAAAUGGCAGUUUACAGAGAAAGGCUCAAAAUAGGCCAAUCUGUUAGUACUGCAAUGCCGAUCUUGCAGCGCCCUGCUGAACAAGAGUUGGAGGUGGGAAAUCCUGAUGCGAAGGUGGAGAUGGAUGAUGGUUAUAUACUUCUUUGCGAUCAAAAUGAUAGCAGUAUUGACGGGGAAGAUGAUUCCGAAGGGAAAGACUUGGAUGAUGAUGAUGAUGAUGAUGAUGAUGAUGAUGAAAUUGAAACAUCACUCGAUGUCGGUCAAAAUGCCACCGGCUCUUUUAGAUUGGCUGAACCUUUGCCUGAUCAGAAAGAUGGUUUUGAGUUGCGAAGGAGGGAUCAGAGCCUUCUGCCAAAAGAAUGAGCAUCCUCUUCCUGGUGGUUCAAUUUGGGAUGAAGGCUCAAAACAGUUUUGGACGCACCAACUAAUGGUAGCAAAUAAUUAAAUCUCGAGAUGGAUCCAUCGGUGAUGAUAUUUAACAGCUAAUUGUGGUGAAUUUGCUCACAGAAUUGUUGAAAUGCCUGUUUCCAUUUUUUGCACCACCUAUUCAUCUGGAAGAAUUGUACUUCUGAAAUUUUUUCUUUUUUAAUUUUAUGCAAAUUCUUGCUCUUUAACAUUCAAAACUUUGUGUUCAGUAGUAGCAGAGUAAGGCUUUCGGCAAUGUAUCUGUUGCUACUAAAUUUGUAUUCCGUAUGAGUGGAAAUAAAUACUGGCGAGUUUCUGCUGAACGAGAGUAGGUCAAUUUUUAAUUACUUAUUUUUUAGUUUUCAGGAA